CAGAAACAGUGAGGACUGUUAGGAAACGGGGAUGAUGAUGACGAGGGUCACAAGCGCCACAUUUUAUGAGCGGACCAAAAAAAACUGAAGGACGAAGGGAUCCGUGUGAUGAUGAAGACCAAGAAAAUGUGAUAGUGUGCGUGUGAAAUUUUCAUUGCAAGAUCUCAUAAGCUUCAGAGGAAGGCAGGGUGUGCAUUAGAGAUAACACCAACUCCCUGUGUGUGUUCAAUCAUCUGCCACCAUUCAAGGGACGUAAUGGACCAUCCUAUGAUCUUCCAUGUGCUCCUAUUUCUCUGUUCCCUCAACGUUGCUGUUUGGGCGUGUCCGGAUGGAUGCCAAUGUAAGGGAGACGAAAUGUUAUGCAUCGGUCUCUCAAAUGUUCCUCCUCUCCCGUCAUCUACAACUGCCAUCUACUUCUCCAACUGCAAAAUCUACUCUUUGAAAGCAGAUGACCUUACUUCUCUAACUAAUGCAUUAGGGAUUUCUAUUGAUGACACUGCUUUGAAGGAGGUUCAACCAGGCACAUUUGAUUCCUCCGUGAACCUAAAAGCAUUAGGAGUUACUGGAACAGAAUUGCAAGAUCUACCAGAUGCCUUGUUCCAAAAUCUUCACAAGCUUGAGACUCUGAAUCUAAAUAGAAACAAGCUCGUGGCCCUCCAUCAAAAAUGGUUCUCCCCACUCAAAGUUCUUACUGCCCUUGAUCUCACUCAGAACCAACUGACCUCAAUACCCAUGGAAACUUUUCACCCUCUGACUGAGUUAGGGUAUCUGUUGCUUGCAAGAAAUUAUAUCACUCAGUUACCUAGUGGUACAUUCAAAGGGCUUUCUAAGCUGGAAUACCUUCGACUAAAUAAAAAUUUGCUACAGGAAAUACUUAGUGGAAGUUUUGAUGACCUCGGAAACCUGAAGGAAUUAUCCCUACAGGACAAUCGUAUUACUCAUCUCCAACAUGACCUGUUCUCCAAGAUGCCAAAACUCACAAAGCUGUUUCUCUCCAACAACCAACUGAGGACUCUUCCACAAGGACUCUUCUUACACCUUCCCAUGCUUGCCCAGAUCUCCUUGUAUGAAAACCAGCUGGAAAGCAUUGGCCCAGGUGUGUUUGGUCCUAUGGCCCUGCAGGAAUUGUGGCUGUAUGACAACAAGCUGAGUCGUUUAGAGGAUGACACCUUUAAAAAUCUCACUCAGAUGCAUCUCCUGGUGCUCAGCCGCAACCGGAUUAAAUAUGUAUCUACAGGAGCCUUUCGAGGUUUGGAACAGCUAGGCGAAGUAUCGCUUCACACCAAUCUGUUAAAAACAUUGCAAGCUGGGACAUUCCAAGGUCUUCCCAGCCUGGUAAACAUUUCUUUGGAGCACAAUUUCAUCAAUCAUCUGCCUGUUGGUUUUCUCCAAGGCCUGAGUCACCUGGGACAGAUAGACCUGAGAAAUAACACUCUUGCAAACUUGCCACAGCAAGACUUAGACGCUAUUUCUGUGGCAGAAGAGAUACUUCUUCAGCAGAACCCCUGGAGGUGUGACAAGGAUAUUCUGCCCCUUAGCAACUGGCUGAGAAAGCACCCAUCCAAGGCCAACCAAACCUUAGUGGUGUGUGAUACUCCCCACAGUCUGAGUGGGGAGAUGAUUACCUGGCUGGCAGAAGAGGACUUGGGGCUGCAGAGUUCCACACAGCAAAUACCGCUGACCUCAACGGAGAGGAGAAAGAAACCAAACACACCACCAGUGAAAAAAAGCACUUCUUCCCCUGCUGUCAAAACAACAUCUUCCUCAGAGUAUGAAGUCACAAGCAGCGGAAAGGGCGAGGAGGGACAUGUUCCUUACCAUACUUCCAUCAUCCUCAUUGUCAUCGCAGUUGUCGCCACAGUAAUCUUAAGUGCCACCAUCAUAAGCUGUUUAUACUGGAGGAUGAAAAAGAAAGGACGGGGACAUAUAGGCCACAGGAGCAGGAACUCUGUGCUGUAAAUGAGACUGCUCAACAUAAGAUGGAUUUACACUGCAGGUUACAGUGCACUAUUUUGAUUUAGGGCCUAUAUGCAAUUUAAAAAAACAAAAAAACAAAACUGAUUAAUGAUUAACCUACACUAACGCAGUAGUAAAGUCAAAAUUACAGUAAAUGUAUGAAAAUCAGUUACAGUACAGCAUAAAAAUAAAAUAUAGGCAGUGACUAAGCAUGCCUUUUUGUGCCACAUGACUACAUAUUCUUUCGCUGAUACACAAACGAGUUAAAUGCGCGCCAUUCGUAACCUCAAACCUUCAUACAUAUGUAACGUUGUGAACCAAGAACCACCUGUACACAAGAGUUAACAUCAGUGACAACACAGACAUAAACAACAAUAAAUAAUGAGAAUAUUAAUUGUAUCAUACCAUUUAGUUGCUUCUGUUGUUGUUGUUGUUUUUUUUUUUUAAGGUGAGUGUGUUGUUUGGGUCCACAAUGCUGUGUAUACAUCUUCAGUCUAUGAUACAUCAUCAAUGCCAUAUUGACUGUAUAUAUCCAAUCCUUCAGUUACAUUUCUGUCCACAUUUGGAAGAGGCUUGAUUCUGAUUGGAGGCUAUCUGAUUCCAUGCAUGUUUUUUCUUUCUUUACACUGCCAUGACCCAUAUCAGAACAAGGACAACAUGGGAGGAAAAGACAUCAGAAUUAUUUGAACCAUGCAAUGUAAAUUUUUGACUCAUACUGUAUGUAUGGGCAAUGUCACAUUUUAAACAGUAGCUUUAACUCACAGUACUACAGUACGGAAGCGUAUUCACUUGGAUAAAAAAACAAAAACAAAAACAAAACUCCUGUCCCUAUCGGGACACAUCGAACUCACGCAAGACCUUGUGAACUGCAAGUGACUCUUUGCGGACUCACUAAUGGCGAAUUACUGCUGGGCCGGGAUUGUGGUACAUCCGCCGGCGAAGCUGAUUCUCGCGCCUCAGUUGCACACCAUGCGGGUCCAGUAUUUUCAUCAGUCUCCUGAUCGUCUCUUGAGUCACCAUGUAGCCAGCCUGAAUGUAUUUUAAAUGCAUCAUCUUGUAUCCAUGGAGGAUACCAUAUCUGUCCAACUGAUUCUGGACAAACAUUGCUGUAUCUAGCAGCUCUGAAUGGGCUUUCCUCCUGAACAAAUGCAAAGUCCGCAGGGGCCUGCAUAAUGUCGACAAACUAAUAACAAUACCAUCUAUGUGACUCAAAGACAGGAGUAUCUCCCAGUGUCUUAAACCCAUAUCAAAAUAAAACUUGAUCAAACUAAAUAAGCCGGUCAUGUUGCUUACUACGGAGUCCGCAAAGAGUCACUUGCAGUUUGCAGGUUCUCGCGUGAGUUCGAUGUGUCCCGAUAACUCAGAAAAAAUUAGUCAGAAAAACAGGUGGUAAAAAGAAUUGUCAGAGAAACAGAAAGAAAUACUCAAAAAAACAGAAAAAAAAAUAUUCAAAAAAACAAAGCCCUCAAAAAAAUACUCAGAAAAACAGGAGUUUUUUUAAUCCAAGGGAAUGCAAUACGCUUCCGUACUACAGUAUACAUACACAUCCAAAUGUAUUAUCUUAAGAGCAAGGAGAAGUGCCUCACCUCAUCUGCUACGGUGGCCAUGAGCUAACAGCUAGCAAAACCUUCACCUUUUCACUUUUAACCUCUGAGUCCUAACAGUUACGAAGCACCAACAUAUAUCACACUCUGUCACAUCAACAUUGAACUGUGUUCUUAUAUCAGAAGCUGACCUUUAAAGACUUAAACUGAAGUGUGUGGUUUUUAGAAGCUUUAGCACUAUAUAUGGCUGACUUUUGUUUACUUUUGCUACACUGACAUCUGCUGCUGAUACCUUAUAAAUACAUGCACACCCACAUGGGAUAGUCACGCAUUAUAUUUAAACUCAUCUGAAACAUUUGCUUUUGGUUUCGUUAGCUGUCAAAGCUCAUUUAUCAUAUUUGGAAGGAGGAAAUAUUUCCAUGUUUGGGGUAAUGUUAUGCACUGAAAGUAUGUAAGCCGCCAUAGGCAUGUAUGAACCCAUUUUUGGCUGUGCUGAAUCACCCCUAAA